AUCAGUCGUGGGGUGAAUAUUCAAGGGGGGUGGGGAGAGAGGGGUGCACCUGCAGAGCAAGACUGAGCCCCUCCAGGAGUAUGGAGCUCCAUCCCCUGCUGGGUUCCUUGCAGCUGACAGUCCCAGAGGGCCAGGGGUGUUUUGACUGCCCCCCUGUAGAUCAGGUUCUCCCCCAGUUCCUGCGGCUUUUUGCAUGUGGAGGGCCUCAGGGGACAGGCAGCAACGCCGAAGCAGGGAUGACCAGAGACCUCUUGGCCAUCUUGGAGGCUGUGGGCUGCCAGUGGCUCUUCGGGGGCGGCUGCCAGAACGCUGCCCCCAAGCUGCUCCGUGAUCUGGCGGUUGCUCUGUGCCACUACGCAGCGCCACUCCAGCAGGAGCCAGAGGAAGGAGACGCCGGCUCCCCCUACGCAGCAGUCGCCGACAGAGCAGAAGAUGCCGGCCUGGUGUUGUGCAAUGUCGUGGCCAAAGUGGAAGCGGCAAAAGGCCUGGGCUCUGCGGCGGUUGGCUCAGCCCUGCGGCAGUUGGCGGGGCCUGCGUUCGUCUUUGCUGUGACUCACGUGGCAGACACGCCCUGGAGCAAAGCGAGGAGUCGGUCUCUGGCUCAGGAGCUGCUGGAUGGUCUGCUUCGAGCCUCCGAUUGCCGGUCGGUACCUGAGUUCCUCAGAGGUGCCCGUGAAGGCGAAGACGGCUGGUUUGCCGCAGUGAUGCAAUGCCUGAAACCAGAGUUAACCAAAGAAACAUGGCAGCGCAACCCAGCGACAAAGCACGUGUUCUCCUCGAUGCUCCUGCAGGUCACGAGGCCCUGGCUCAGCCAGCACUUGGAGAAAGUCUUGCCACCUUCAUUGCUGCUGUCAGAUGACUACCGAGUAGAAAAUAAAAUCCUGGGAGUGCAGUGCCUACACCAUAUCAUUCGCAAUGUGCCGGCAGCUGACCUCUGCCACUUCAACAGGGCUCAGGUUGUGUAUCAUGCGCUCUCCCACCAUCUUUACAGCAAGGAGGCUCAGCUCAUGCAGGUUGUGUUGCCGUGUUUGCUGGACUUGCUGCCAAUCCUGGAGAGAGCCCCACAGCGGCUUGCGGCGCCCUCCGACGAGGUGCUCCGGCUGGUCCUGACGCACAUGGAAACGGAACACCGGCUGUCCUUACGGAGGGUGUACGCCAGGAGCCUGCCUGCCUUUGUGGAGAGGCUCGGCAUCCAGGUAGCCCGUCACCUGAAGAGGCUGCAGCAAGUGAUUGUGGGAUACCUGGAGGUCUCCGAUGGACCCGAGGAAGCUGCUCGACUGGCAACAUUAGAAACGCUGAAGCGCACGAUACAGCACGCCUGGCCCAGAAUGACCUGCCGUCUCACUGUACUCCUCAAGGCUUUGCUGCGAAUGAUGUGGGACGUGGUUACAGACAGCAGCUCAACCCCUGAACCAGUGAAAAACGCAUUGCUCCAGAGAGCCACCGAGUGCCUUCUGUUGCUGGACCACUCCUCCCACGGACAGGUGAAGGUCCUACUGCAAGGAGUCCUCCGCAGCUGUCAAGAUGAGCACCUCAAGGAAUACCUGCAGAAAGUGCAAGAGGAGCCUACAAAAAGUUUAUCUCCCCCGGAGCUCAAGAAAGAAAUUUAAUAAAGAUAAGACUAUUCAAAGGUU